AUGGCCCACACAAUACUCGGCAGUGUUUUGGCACUAUUUUGGCAUCAUUUCGAUCAAUCAGGCGAACUCGAUGGACAGACACUGCACAGCGGGUGUCCUGUACUCGUGGGUCAUAAAUGGAUUGCCGGCAAAUGGAUCCAAUCGAUGGGACAGGAGUUCCGCAAACCAUACACGAUCGACAAUCAUGAGUCGGAGUCGGAAAGGCGUUGCACUUCGGCCUCAAAUGCCGGCGAAUCUGAAUACGAGAGCGCAGACGACGAGGAGGCGAAGGGUAACGACCAGUCCUUUGAGGACACGGUCUCUGAGCCCCAGAACCUGUCGCCGCCGUCCGCAGAGACCGCUGAAGCCAUUGACGCCAAAGAGGAGAUGAGUGUCGAGACGAGUGUUGAAUGUGUCGUCGAAAGUGAAUCAAAAACUUGUGCCCAAAUUGACGACAAAGAAGUCACAAACGAAUCCAAUUCAGAGAUAAUCACUGAAACGUGUAAUUCUCAGACCACUGACAAUGUCUGCGAAAAUGAGUCAAAAAUUAAUGAUUUGCCAAAUGAUGAGAAAACUGAGUCAAAAGUAUCUGAAGAGUUGAGUGAAGUCUCGCAAAGAGAUGGCAUUGAAUUGAAUGACAAUAAAAGUGAUGAGAAUAGAGUCGACGUCGACAUGUCGUCGGAUAAAGAAAAUGACGACAAAUCAGAAACAAAUGAAAAUGAUUUGAACGACGAGUUGGCCGAUGAAGAAGGCGGUCGCGAAGAGAUCGCUGACGACAUGGACAAUGAAUACGAGGACAUGGAUGAGUCGGACGAGUGUUCUGUUGAGUCGGAUAACGACGGCGUGAAUAAAGAGAAUGAAGAGGAGAACUCGGACCGAGAGCGACAACAAGGAGAUGGAGAGGAGAGCAAUGACUCGCAAUCGGCCCAAAAGGACAAGAACUUAGACCAAGACGAGGAUAAACGCAACCCUCAGUACAUCCCAAAGAGGGGUCCAUUCUAUGAACACGACGACCGCAAUGAAAUGGUGGCUCAGGAGGCGUCCGAAGUGCCCGAAGAAGUGAAAGAGCCGACGACCACAACGACGACGAAGGAGGAGACGCCAACCAAACCCAUUGUGAUCGCGAAGACUCCUAACGAACCGGAAACUGAUAAAAAGGUGAAGAAGAAGGUGUGGGUGGAGAGAGAGCGCUGGGGUCACGACCUCUUCAAAGAGGACGAACAGACGCCCAAAUCGAAGGACGAGUUGGUCAACACCUAUGGCUACGAUAUACGCACUGAAGACAACGCCCCCAAAGCCAGGCGUUUGCGUCGCUACGGGAGGGGACCCAACAAAUACACGCGUCAGUGGCAGGACGAGAACGCCUACAGUCGAGGCUCCGGGAGGACGUCCCCACCCGUCUCGGAACGCAAUGAGCGACCCCUCAGGAGUGAGCGAAACGAUAGGAAUGAGAGACCAGAGCGAGAGCGCGAACACCCGAUCCGUACGAAUAGCAUGACUGAGCGCAGGGAACGCCCGGAACGUAAUGAGCGGAAGGGUAGCGAUCGCCUCAUCGACCGGUCGCCUAAUGAGAAGACCUUCCGUUCGAACAGAGAUAGAGUCGAAAGAUCUGACCGUAAAGAUAGAGUCGAACGAAACGAUCGAAGAGAGCGAAGACCCGAACCAAGAGAUCGUUUGGGCGAUAGAGCGCACCAAAGGAGUAACGAAAUGCUUCACAAUAAGGGAAUAGAAUGUGGNAGACCCGAACCGAGAGAUCGUUUGGGCGAUAGAGCGCACCAAAGGAGUAACGAAAUGCUUCACAAUAAGGGAAUGUCUGCCAGAAAUGAGCGGCCAUUGAAUGAUAACAACAAGCGAUUUGAUUACGAAGAGAAUGUGGAGAAGCGGUCGCAGGCCUUCUCGAAAGACGACUUCCCGGAGCUGCCGAACAAUGAUUUGCGGAAAAAACUUAAUUCUAAUCAACAGAGCGCUCAACAGCAGGAGCCGACAAACCGCAUACAACGACCCGAACGUCGUGCGGACGCUUACUCGGACAUGGAUGAGCACAACACCAGUAAUAAAGAGUACAAAACAGAACCGAUGAAAAUCAUUGAAGCGAUUGAACACAACAGCCGACAAACCGCAUACAACGACCCGAACGUCGUGCGGACGCUUACGUUUGAAAACUCGAAGUUCUCGCAAAGAAAUUCUUCGGCCGGUUAUGAGUACGACGAUGAGAGAGGAGGCGCCGGCGGUCGGGCCAGAGGUCGCAAGUCUGCCGACAUGGAGGGCUCCGGUCGACCCAUUCGUAAAUCGAAUAGUAGCUUAAAUUAUGGCACUUAUAGUCAGCAGAAAGAGGCGACCGAUAACUACAGGAGCCAUCGGAACAGCGGGCGGACGGACCGUAGCUAUCACUCGGAAGAGCCGCUCAACCGAAACGCCGAGCGUUACUACGAAGAGGACAGUUAUGGCACUCUUCGGGAUAGAGAACCCAAUUAUAUCUCAUCGACGAGUCCGAUGCAGAAGAUGUCGAUUGAAGAGAAGAAUGCGGUUCUGAACCGAAACAACGAAAGCGAACAAACGAGACCUAAGAGGUAUUCAUCGCUUCGACAGCAACAACAACAGCAACGAGUGAUUCCCGACAAUAUGUCGAGCAUUGCAUCCAUCGGACAUGGAUGA